AUGAACUCUGGCUCUGCCCAGGAUGUGGCAGUCGAGCAUUUCCUGCGUGACAUAGAAAGGCGAAGCAAGCGGCUACACUGCGCUGUGAUAGGCUGCGAGGAGGAGAGACCCCGCAGCGACAUGAACCUGCUGUAUCGUAAGAGCCGUUUGGACUGGAGGCAGAGGGACCAAGAGGGAAGUAAAAAGAGCUCCACCCAAAAUGACCCUUCAGCUACCGUCGGCAAAGUCAGAGACUUGGCUUCUUUCCGCCGGCACUUCCGGAUGGGUUUCAUGACCAUGCCAGCCUCCCAGGACCUGUCCCCUCACUCCUGUGCCUCCGCCAUGGCGCCACGCUCACAGUCCUGCCAUGCGGUCGGUGCUGGGGAUGCAAGUCUAGAGAAUGGAGACUACUCUGACACCCAGUCACAACAUGGUGGGCGCUGCCCUCCGGCCAAACCCAAACGUCACCCCAGCACUCGCCUCAGCUCCUCAUCCGCUGACAGCAGAGGACCUCCUGAAACGCCGCCACCUCCCCCGCCCUCUCAUUCACAGAACAAACACUCAGAAAAGAAAAAUGCCAUGAAGAAGUCUGACUCUGGGGAGAUGGGUUCAAAGAAGGUUCCUCCUUUAAAGCCCAAGAGAAGUCCCAGCACCCAGCUUUCCUUUGACCCCCUUCCUCCACGUGUGCCUCCUUCUGCCACAUCCCUGCCUUUCCAGGCAGGAGACUCUCAAAUUCAGACAGGAGACGGGGAGGAUGAGCCAGUCUAUAUAGAGAUGGUGGGCCAGGUGUUCACCAGAGACAGCCAGACCGCCACCCCCCACCCUGUCACCCCUGUGGCCACCACACCUGACUCUGAUUCAGACCAGAGUGAGGCUAUCUAUGAGGAGAUGAAAUACCCAUUGCAAGAGGACAGAGAGUCCCAUAGACACCCCCCACCCAAACACGAAAAACUGAAAUCCUCUAAACAUUACCAUGUCACCCCAUCUUCCUCCAACAGCUCCUCCUCUCUGCCACGCCCAUCCUCUUCCUCUCCCUCCUACUCCAAACCCAAAGCCACUGUGUCGAUCUCUCAUUCAUCUCCUCUGCCCUCCUCCACAUCCUCCACCCCUGUCCCCCAGGUCCUUUCUGCCAGUCCCCACACCCCACGAGCUCCUACUCCCUACCUGCUACAAGGGGGUAAAUCUGAGCCCGAGUCCAACACGAAAAUCCCAGCCCCUUUUCCCAACCUUCUACAACACCGGCCCCCACUGCUGGCCUUUCCUCAGCCCGCAGCAGCCUCCAGUGGGGUCGGGGUGCAAAACAAGGUUUCUGCCUCUGCUAAAAUGGGGACUCAAACGUCCAGCGUGACAACUCAAGCCAGCACCUCCUCCUCAACUUCCUCUAAUGUAUCUGUAUCCAUGUCAGGCUCUAAGGAGUCGUCGGGAGGAAGUAUAACGCCGCAGGACAAACACAGCAGAGACGCCCAGUUGGGCCCUGCUCCUGGACUGAGAGCCAGGAGUCACUCAACACCUCUGCCUCCAUCCUCCAAAUCCACGUCCCCUUUCUCCCAUCACCACCACCACCCUCACCACCGCCCCUCGCACUACCAUCACUAUCGUAAGCCAGAAAGAGGGGACUCUCCUGCUCCGACCAAGAGCAGCUCUCAGACUUCGACACAGGCCACCGUCCAGACCCAAACCUCAAGUACAGGCAAGGAGGGCAAAUCGGUUAGCUUCCUCUUAAAGACAGAUAAAGGAGAGAGGGAUAAGGACAGAGACAAGGAAAGAGAUCGGGACCGAGACCGAGAUCGAGAUCGAGAUAGAGAUAGAGAUAGAGAUAGAGAUAGAGAUAGAGAUCGUGACAGGGAUCGUGACAGGGAUCGUGACAGGGAUCGUGACAGGGAUCGUGACAGGGACGGAGGGCCGCACUCCUUACAGAUGGAUAUCAUCACUAGCAGCCAAACAACUCAUAGCAGCACCAGCUCAACCCCUACACCAUUAUCUUCAUCCCAGCGUCCUCAUUCUCGUCCACACCUCCGCUCUCACACUCCUCAUGGCCUGCCAGCAUACAAGCCUCCCUCCUCAGACAGCCCCCUGCUGUGGACCUACCCCUCCGGUGGCUUCCGUAGACCGCCCGCUUACGAGAGCUUGAGAGGAAGCUCUCAGAUGCCAAGUCUGCAACAGCCCUCGAGUCUUACGGGUGUAGGUGAGGGGGCAUCUAAGAGUAACGGAGGGUCCACGUCCCUCCAGUCCAAAGUUGGCUUCAUGCCAUGGGACAGCAGUGCCAGCUUAGCCGCAGAUGAGGGGUCUUACUGGCCCAUGCAGAGGAAAUUGUCCUUCAGCCACGGGAGCAGAGAGACAGAGAAGGACGAAGGACGCACAUGGAAUGGCAGUGCUGAUGCCCUGUUAAGGAUGGAUAAAGAAGAGUUAGGGAUGGGGUCUCGUGGAGGCCACUCAGGCAUCCCGGUCCACUUCAGUGGUGCCACCAGCAGGGCCCUUGGUCACAGUGAGUCCUUGGCAGGCGUGGACAGCAGCCCAGGAUUCAGAGCCCUGCCCAGAGUGGGGCUGCCUCUUCCCUGCCAGACUUUCCCUGCCUGUCGCAAUGGAGAAGUGGGGCGGCUGGGCCGCUCCUCCUCUGCUGCUGGAGUGAGACAGGUGGGUGGAGGAGACGUCCCGAGACAGAGCAGUCUACCAGCACGAGAAGCCCUGAAUCAGCUGCAUGGUCUGGCCCAACCUCAAGUGCCCUGCAGUCCCAGCAGUCCCAGUGUGUCUCGGCAGCAGCAGCAGCUUCAGCUACACCAGCAGCAGCUGCAGUUAAAGCAGCAGCUCCAGCAGCUUCAGCAACAGCACCACCUGCAGUUGCAGUUCCAGCAGCUCGCCCAGCUGGCACAGGGACAGCCUUCUGUCAGCGGGGGCACCAUCCCUUCCACAACGCAGACCCAGAGAGAUGGAAAGCUGCUGGAAGUCAUUGAGCGCAAACGCUGCCUGUGCAAAGAGAUCAAGGCCCACAGGCGGCCUGACAAAAGCCUGUGCAAGCAGGACAGCAUGCCCAUCCUCCCUAGCUGGAGACGGACACCUGAGCCUCGUAAGACUGGCACGCCACCAUGCCAGAGGCCGCAGGCCGUCGUGUGGGACACGGCUAUCUGA